GCCUGAUCUUUCAUAUAACUCCUUCUCUGUUCGGUAUCGUGUUUGGCUUCAUCCUUUCAUGCGACGGAAGAUCUGUUUAGCUCGGCGGGUGAUGCUCCGAUCGCCGAAUGUAAACCGACCCCGACUCUGCGGGGACUCCGCACCGGCGACACUUUUCGAUGCUAUUUCCGCACGUUUCAACGUCUUUGAAUCGUAUAGAUGAAGCUAGUCUAAAGACGGCGUUUUUGAUCCAAUUGCGGCGCAUUUUGGAGAUGACAUCUUCCGGUGGCGCUGUAGAUCGUACACAGCCUGGGGGGCUGUUAGCAUCAGUAUAAGAACCGGACACUUGGCGCAAUGUUUAGUAGAACGUUGUCCUGUUAAGUCCACUUGUUCCUGAACCAGCUCGUUGGUAAAAUACAAAAAGGGCUUAGCACUAGCAAUCAUCAUGAAACUCCAGUCAUCCCUACCAUACCUUCUCGGCUUCGGCGUCACAGCCUCGGCGCUACCACAGAGCCUUACCGAGAGUCACAGAGGUGCAGCUUCAAGGGCGACCGUGCCAACAAUCUGGGUAGCCGGCGACUCUACAACUGCACCCGAUGGCGGGCACAAUGGCACGGAAGGUUGGGGACAGUACCUCCAGUACUCAUUCGGCACCAACGCCCGCGUUAACAACUCUGCUUAUGCCGGACGAUCCGCACGCUCGUUUACACGCGAAGGUCGUUUUGACAGGAUAGCGCAAGCAAUUCAACCUGGGGACUGGGUGAUCAUCGAGUUCGGCAUCAACGACGCAGGAACGCUCACGAAUGGCUCGACGAGCUCAACGGGAGACAAAGGCCGACCGCCUUGUCCAGGUGUAGGCGACGAGACAUGUACAGUGAUUUUCAACAACGUCACAGAAACCGUGUACACUUUCUCUCAUUACAUCAAAACUGCAGCUUCCAAGUUCCUGGACCUAGGCGCAUCUGGCAUCAUAAUCUCGGAGCAACUCCCCACUAAUGUUUGGGAAUCUGGUACUUAUACGUUUAAGCAGUCAAGAUUUGCUUACUACGACAUGUUGUCCGUCCUCGAACUCGGUGGUCCAGCAGCGCAUGUGUAUUUCGUGCAACAUGGAAGCUACGCCGCGCAAGCACAGAAGUUGCUUGGCAAGGAGGUAGUGGACAAGGAAUACCCGAUGGAUCAUACGCAUACGGCGCCGUUUUUGGCGGAUGUGCAUAGCCAGGCUUUUGUACUAGGUCUGAAGUGUGGAACCAGCUCGUUGGCGGGGUUGGUGGUCAACGCUACGGCGAGGAUCGAGAUGGAGAGGGGAAGUUGUUUGCCAGCUAAUGCUACGCUGCCGAUCUAAAUGCUAGUUCUGAUAUUUGUAUGCGUGGCAGACUUUGGAAGAAGGCAUUGGUGGUGCAGUUGUUGUUUUGAGGAAAAUUGGAGACGCCGGGCGCACUUCUCUCAUGAUUAUGAUCCUCUAUUCUUUUGAAUGUGGAAGAAGAUAUGUUUUUGUGAACUUUCAGGUUUGAAAAGUAUCAGAGAAGGCGAGAGCGUCCCUCAUACAUCAUAUGAAUCGAUGGUUGAAUUUUCCAAAGACAUGUCAUUGAGGCGGGUG